CCUCAAUAAAAGUGCUGGUAAUGUUGGUAGAUUUUUCGUCGAUCGUGGAGUAAUUCAUGCUCUCGCUUUUGUUCUGAUACCAUGAUUCCUCGUUCUCUUCUCCUACUCUGUGCAUUUGCGCUGCUAUUGGCCCCAGCAGUACUUGCCGCAGCCAAUCACCGCGGUGCCGACAUCGAGGAUAAUGAGUUUGCCGAAUUUGAGGAUCUUGGAGAUGAGGAAGAAGAUGAUGGAGUUGUAGAGACGGAGAGAGGUGACGAUGACUUUGAAGACAGUAACGAGGCAGAGGCACCCUUUGAGAAGGAGUUUGAUGAAGAUGAUGAUGAUGGAAUUGUGGAGGAUGAAGAUGAAUUUGAACACUUCCACGAUACAGAAGAAUUUGAAAACUUUGAGAGAGAGAAACCCUUCAAAGGCAAGGGGCCGUCCGAUACACCAGACCUGGAAAUUGCAAAGCUCCCUGUACAUUUGCGUAAUAACUGGGACAGUUACUACAUGGAAAUAUUGAUGGUUGUGGGCAUCUUGGCCUACGUACUCAACUACAUCAGCGGCAAGAGUAAAAAUCAGAAGCUUUCUACUGCCUGGUUGAGCUCGCAUCUUGAGCUGUUGGAGUCCAACUUUGCAUUAGUUGGUGAUGACGGAGGUCAGAAGGACCCUCCUGUGACCGGCCAGCUUGUAAAGGAGAGCGAGAGUCGAUACUGUCUGUGGUGCUCGGGGAGGAGUUGCUGUGAGGGCAUGUUGGUCGAACUCAAGCUUUUAAAAAGGCAGGACCUUGUGAGUGUAGUGGCUAAACUCAUGAAGCCUGGGUCGGACGAAUUAGUAAUCACCGUGACAAUGAACAGUGAAGACAUGGACACUUUCAUCUUGUUUGCGGGACGAAAGAAAAUCGCUUCCAAGAUGCAAAAAGAAAUGCAAGAUUUGAGUCAGUUUUGUCAAGAUAAACGGAGUGGUGAUAAGUACGGGAUGUCAUCAUCCAAUGUGGUGCUAGCCGAUUCAGCAGAGGUGAUCCAGGGUGUCAUGGAUGGCAAGAUCACCAGCUGUUUGGCUCAGUAUGAGGAGCUCUUUGAGUACCUCCAUUUUUCAGACCAGUUUUCAGGUCCGAAGCCAAACACAGAUGAGGAGCAGCCAACCAAGAUGCCAGAGACUAAGAAAGUUCUCAUUUUCUGUUUCAAAGUGCCUGGAGGACCUCGCUGUUCCAAAGCAGACAUGGAGGGUAUGCUUCCUAUGAUGAAGCUCGUCAUGUACUGCAUCGAGAAGGUCAAGAGAUACAAGCUCAGCAGAGAGGCCAAGCUGAAGGCAGACAAGGCCCGGGCUAAGGUAUCUGAGUCCUUCGUCAAGCUGGCCCACGCCCAGCGCCAGGAGGCAGCCCAGCUUCGCCGAGAAGAGAAGCGGCGCGUUGAAAAGGACCGCCUGCUCAAUGAAGAGGACCCUGAAAAGGCUCGAAAGCUAGAGGAGAAGCAGUACAAGAAGGACAUGCGCAAACGUCUCAACCCAGGCAUGAAGCAAAUGAAGGUCCGCGUCACAUAAACAGCGCCCUCUUUUGAUGUCACUGUGAGCAUCCUCAUUUUCAUCAAGCGCCCUCCUUUGAUGUCAUCGUGAGCAUCCUCUUUUUGUUAAUAUCAUCAGCACCCUCUUUUGAUGUCACCUUGCACAUCCUCCUCAUCAACAACAAUCCCUCUUUAGACCCUUAUGACUCAUGGUUUACCUGGUAGUGCAAGGGAAGACUUUGCUUGGUGGCAGCAGACAUACCAGGUCAUUUUGUUGCAUAGACCGUAUCUCAAAUACUUGGUACGCACGCGUUUGGUCUAACAAGUAAGAAGUUUGAUCGCUAGCUAGACCAGCGUGCACCUUAUUCAACAGGUAGCACCUGCGCAAUGGGUAUUUGCGAAAAGGUCUAUAUGUACAUAAAUUAUUAAAAGUUACCUUCUGUGUCUGCUGCCACCUAAAAGUCUGCCAUUCAAAGCAAACUGUUGUGCUUCACCUUGAAUUUGUGAAUGGAGACUUUAAAUACCAUUCAUAUUGAGAGCCCUUGAACCAACAAAAAGUAUUUUGUUGGUUGGAAUUUUUAUUACAGCGAAGCUUUGGUCAUACUUCCUGAAUGUGAAACGAAUUUUGACUCGCAACAAAUAAUUUGCAGCAGUUGAGUUGUGCUCAACUCCUGCAAAAUAUUCACUGUGAAACACAGAUUUGACAUCAAAAUUCACUUUGCAUUCCCAGGAAGUAUGAACCGGGCUUGAGCCUUAAAGGUAGGAUCAUCUGUUGUUUUUUGUCAAUGUGAUUAAUAGGCAUGAUUAUCAAGAAAGUUGCCAUAAAAGUCACCUUUGAAAAUUUCAGCUGAAUACAGUGUCUUCUUAGACUCUACCUUUAAGCAUGCAAAAUUAAUACAUUAAUUUAAAUCGCCAAAUGUUUCUCAAAGAUGGGCUGCCACAAUUUCAUUACAAUUUUUAUACCAUUAUUGUCAUAUAAUUUUGGAAAUUUUAAUUAAGUUUAGUACAUUGUGUGCGUGGUUAAAUACAACUUGACCCUGUACUAUCUGACAUACAUUGUAAUUUGUUCACAUUUUUAUAAAAUAAUCAUUUGAGAAUGUUUUUGAAUUAUUUUAAUCUUGUUUAAUUGAGGGGAAAAAAUCACUAUAGACCUACCUUCACAUGAAAUAUAAGCAAACAUAAAGGAGCGCUUAUGAAGUGUGCGAUUUGCUACAACAUUCUACUUACACAUUGUAACGGGUUGAUGUCAAAGGCAUUAUGACAUCAUGCAAUUAAUUACAAACUGCAUCUUUGCCAGUUUAACCACAUACGACAAGUAUAAUGAUAACACCUAGUUCUUUUAUAGCGCAAUUAACAGUAAACUCUCAAUGCGUUUUUGGCCAAUAACAUUCCUCUAAUCUCCAUGGGGAGCUGCUGUUCCAUACGCAGUACCAACCUCCAACCUUCCAGGUACCCAUUUAUACCCCUGGGUGAAGAGAAGCAAUUAGAGUAAAGCAUCUUGCUCAAGGACAGAAGCUAUUUAAUGUAAACACAAGUUUUGGUUAACAAAAGCCUACAAAGUUGAAAAACAAAUUCCUUAGAAAAAUUGGUGGCGGAGGUGGGACCCAACAUCAAGACUAAAUUCACUCGGGCAGAUUUAACAACAUCCAAAUUAGUUUAAAAUCUUUGCAUGAAAAAUUGCAGUUUUGCAAAGUUUUUAUCGCCAUUUUUCUACCAGUGCAAAUGCAAAUGUGCGCGAUUAUUAUGCAAAUUAGGUCUCUAUUGUUUACCGUGUGCUUUGUGUCAUAAACGUUGUUUUGGGGCAACAUAGACUUAAUCUUUCAUGUUCUAUAUACAAUUUUGGUUUAAUUUGCAAGUUUACUGAGUGAGCUACUGAAAUAUGAAGGGUGCGGGCUUAGAAGUUGUAGUUACCAGUUUAACUUUCUUUGGGGGGGGGGACACUUUUGCCUGCAGGGUUACCUUGCCCUCAUUUUGAUUCUCGAUGGUUUUUAAUUACAUCUAAACAAAACUGUGCCUGCCUGCAAUGUUAUGUGGUGUGGUAAAUGUAUUUACACAUUACACGGCCAACCCUCCUACUUCCUGCAACUGUGGUUUUGAAGGAUAGUUUUUCACGUCAGCCUGCAUGGUACAUGUACAUGUACAUAGUCAAGCAUCCUAUUGUGUUACCAUUCAACAUCACCCACUGAUGAUAUGUAUGUGGAUACCAUGGUACUAUGGCAGUUGUUACAGGGCGUUCAGGGCAGCAGAUUUACCAGAUAAAAAUCCAUAGACCUUUAUCGCAAAUACUCGUAAGCUUGCUGUGGGCGUUGAAUGAGGUGCUGGUCUAGUUAGCAAUCAAGUUUGAUGGCUAGCUAGACCAGCAUGCACCUCAUUCAACAGAUAGCGCUUGCACUAUGGGUAUUUGCGAAAAGGUAUGUUGUUCUUGUUGUCUGCUGCCACCUAGUAUCCAUACAUCUCUCUUUUGAAAGUGUACCUUCUUAUAAUAAAGUGAUAGCAACACUGGCAGCCAUUUUGGCAAAAUUUACGCAAGGACAAUAACUUGAUUAUAGCGGCUACAUAAUGCUUGGUUGGUAACGAGUGCCGUGCAAUUUUGACUAUUUGGUCUCCAUGUGGUCCUUGUGUGAACUUCACCCCCGUUGUGAUCAAUGUAGGUUUAGUAGUUUAAUUCAUUUAAAACGAAAUUAAAAUUGUACCAUUUAAUUUAGUCCAACACUUUUCCCUGAUGAAGGAGUAAUGAAUUUUGACAUUAAAAUGAAGAAUAUUGACAAGAUGAAGAAAUAAUUAGUUGUUAAUCUUUUUAUUCAGCAUUUGGGAGGGUAGGAUUUCAAACUUUGCAAGGUGGAAAUAAAGUUUGUUACCAAAUUCAUACAUGAAAAACACUCAUCAUGAUUUGUGGUGAUUCAUUAAAGGCAAAGUAACUUUUGGUUUUUGAAACCGUUUGAUUGUUUUAAUCUUUAUGUAGAUGUACAUUGUAGAAAACUUACCUGUAAACAUUUCAUUUUAUAAGGUGGGCACGUCUGUGAGAUAUCGCCGAAUAUCCGGAGCGAUGUCCAGACAGGACGAA